AGCCGAAGUUUCGGCCGGAAAACCUACUGGUUGAGCGGAGGUUAAGCCGCUCCUUAUAAAUAUGUAAGCCCAUUUCCUUCAAGACCUGUGCGAGAGUGGAACCAUUUAAACAGGAGCGACAGUAAAGGCCACACGAGCCGGGGUUUUUCUUUAUUAGUGCAUUUUGAGGAGUCUUUAAAAUGGAGAGCUCGUCGACCCUCUGAAGGAUUGUUCUCACCGCUAAACCAAGUUCUGCGCUUCGACGAGGAGCAGAUACCGAGCGCCAAACGCUUUGGAGUCACCUUUGCACUGACAGAAUAAAAUUCACCCAGCGAAGUUUUUUUUUUUUUUUUUUUUUUUUUGGGCCCCUUUAACUGUCCCCGUCGUGUUCUGCAUCUCAGGUCCAGCCACCCAUUCAAGAUGACAGAGAGGGCCCCGUGGUGGAAGGUGUUCAUCCCAAAGAAAAAGGGGGACCUCAAGGAACCGUCGCCCUUUGGCCCAAACUUCGACCCUUUUGGAGCGCCAGAGAGGCCCAAAGAUCCAUCUUCCGCCUCCAAGACCACCGACCAGACGGUCCCCGCGCAGGGCUCCAACCUCCUCAGCGACGAAACGUUCGACGACUCCAAACUGGAUUCGGUGUUCAACGAGCAGACGUGCCGCAGGAACAUGAAGGUGUCCCGUUCGGGCCGCUUCAAGGAGAAGAGGAGGCCGCGCUCGACCCUUCCCAUCGAGGGGAGCGGGAGGGAGGACAUACGGUGACCCCCCCUGACAAGAAGGGUCGUGUGUAUCAAAUGACUCGUAAUAUUGCUUUAAAAGAAGGAAUGGGAUUUAAAUAGCCGACGGAACUUCAGUGUCACGAGGCGUUUGCAUUGUACUGUACAGAAUGUUGGUGAUGAUGUUCGUGUGGGGUUUAUCCCAACUAAGCAGGAUUCUGAAUAUGAACUCAAAUGUAUUUCUAAGAUGAUCGGCCGUUUGGAAGGGCUACGUUUACAAAUGUUUCAUGGCUGUUGAACCAUCUUGCACGUGGAAUGUCACAAGCGUAACUCAAAGGACAAACGUGAGCAGUGAUGGAGCACUUAUAGCUUGUCUUGCACGGGCCGGUGCCACAUCCCCCCCCCUAUGAAAAUAGUCUGUAAAGGUAUCACGGCAUUAACGUGCAAAUGUAAAACAGAAAGGUGAUGGCAUCGAAUGGUGGAUUCGUCCAGGGUUUACCCCCGCCUCUCGCCCUCUGCUCUUUUCUGUAAGCGUAAAAGACGUAGAUGCCUGCUUUUUUUUUUUUCCCAGCGAGCUGACCAGCAGUGGAGAACAUGCGCUGCAGGAGGGGUGCACUAACACAACGCACAACCUGCCUGAUUAAGCAGAUGUUGAACAGUUGAAUCUGGUAUGAUGGGAAACAUUUUAGCGGUUUUGAGACCACACACUUUUAAAGCCUCAAUUUAACCUUGAUGCCCUUAACCGACCCAUGCCUAUAGUCCUGAUUCCCCUUUCUCUGAUUACAGCUCAUCAAAAUCAUAAUAACUCUUUUUUAUUUUAAAAAGUGUUUUUUCUCUAUAAAAUGAGUGGAAUAACCCCUCGGGAUACCAUAAUUGCCAAUAUUUCUAUAAAAUUUAAUGCAAAGAUUUUACUGAUGAUAUAUCUAUAUAAAUAUAUGUAAAUAUAUUUUUAAGAUGAAGGAUAGUGCCACUUUUUGCAAGGCUUUUUGCAAGGCUUUUUGCAAAGCGCUUGACUCUAAGGGGUCUGAAGGAUUCCAAUGAAGGUGAAUCGGAUGCACAACACUUACCAGCAGAAAGCAGAAGCUAUUUUUAUGAAGGAUUCAAAUAAAUCGGGCAUAUUUUUUUUAAGGUUUGUUGCAAAGCUGCCAGUACUGAAAAAUAAUUUGCUUUUGAUAUCCAGAUGAAGAUAUAAGAUGUGGGGAUCUUGUUUAAAAAAAGGAAAAAGAAACAAAAAGAGCUGUGUAGUUUUAAUCAUCUGUGAAUGCUUUAUGUGAAGGCCAGAUGAGAAAUAAAUGUGCGACAGCUUCCUGUA